AUGUACUUCUUCCUCUCUAACUUGUCUUUGGCUGACAUUGGUUUCACCUCUGCCACGAUCCCAAAGAUGCUUCUGGAUAUCCACACACACCACAGAAUCAUCUCCUAUGUCGACUGCCUGAUUCAGUUGUCAUUUUUCGGUUUUUUUGGAUGUAUAGACAACCUACUCCUUACAGUGAUGGCUUAUGACCGAUUUGUGGCCAUCUGUCACCCACUUCACUACCCAGUUAUUAUGAACCCUUACCUCUGUGGCUUGCUAGUUUUGGUGUCUUGUUUUCUCAGCCUCUUGAACUCCCAGCUGCACUGUUUGAUGGUGUCACAACUUACCUUUUGCCCAGAAGUGCAAAUUCCUCAGUUUUUCUGUGACCCUUCUGUACUCCUCAACCUUGCCUGUUCUGGCACCAUCAUCAAAAAUAUUCUAGUCUAUUGUAUUGCUGCCAUUCUUGGUGGUGGUCCAAUCUCAGGGAUCCUUUUCUCUUACACAAGAAUUGUUUCCUCUAUACUAAGAAUCCCUUCAUCCGAUGGCAAGUAUAAAGCCUUUUCUACCUGCAGCUCUCAUCUGUCAGUUGUUUUCCUAUUUUAUGGAACAGGUAUGGGUGUGUACCUGAGUUCAGUUAUCUCCCCUUCUCUCAGGAGUGGUGCAGUAGCUUCAGUGAUGUACUGUGUGGUCACACCCAUGCUGAACCCUUUCAUCUACAGCCUGAGGAACAGGGAUAUCAAGAAGGCCUUGCAGACGUUCCUCAGCAUAUGA